UUCAACAUAUUGGCAGACUUGAUGCGCAUCCUGCUGCGGGUCGAAUGAAAGCCUGAGCAGUUGCAGUUCUUGACCGUGUUUAUCCUAAUGCUACCUCGGCCCGUACUCAAAAACGGGACCAUGGCGACCCAAAAGACGGUCUGUUUGGCACCGUAGUGUGGGUUUAAAGAACAGCAACGACGCAGGACGAACAAGGACGGCUGGUGACAGAGGAGCAGAACGUUACAUAGGAGGGAUGAGGAGAUAAGGGAUGAGGGGAAACCAUAAGGCGGCAGUCAGUUUCUAAGCAACAACACCCACAACUCAGCAUGGGCUACAAGGUCCCCGGGGCAGCAGACAGAGUUAGCCAGCUAUGGCGUCUCAGGCGUCGUGCACGCCGUGGAGCGCUCUGCAUGGCUUUCUUCUGCAUCUCCAUGGCGCUGCUGUAUGCCCUGUGUGCAGAAAACAGCGUUCCCGUCACCGAUGCUAUCUUUGGCGUGCGGGCACGAACUCGGGCUCAGCCACGCACACACUCUGUCAUCAAGGUGCUGCGAGGCGGAGCCAAGUCUGUGUACGUCGACCCUCAGAAGCUUCCUGGCGUCAUCCCCGGCGACCCCCGCCGCCCAAUCCCCGUCCUCUCCUCCCCGAAUCACACCCAUGAGCAUCAGAAGCCGAAGCCAAAGUCAAGAGAGAAUGCGGGUUUUUUCAAACGCAUGAUGCCGCGACCCCUCUUGCGGGCGCUGGAGACCCUGUUCGGAGGGCGUCGGCGUGGGGAGCUGAGUGGCAAAGGUAGCGAUGCCGAGUUGUUUGGUCCUAACAGCCUUUUGGGAGAAGUGUGGAAUGAGCAGAUGUCCAGCAGCAUGCUUGGAAACGGACUCAAGAAGGUGGUGGAGAAUUACCAGGCGAUGAAUAAAUAUGGAGUGGAGUUCUCCAACCCCGCUGAUGUCGCCAGUAGACCUAAAUUGAGCGGCCCUGAGCUCCUCUGUCAGCUCUACAAGAAGAUGGAGGUGUCAACGUUGACCCCUGACCUCAAAGCUCUUUCUUCUCUGCCCUGGGCCUCGCUGCUCCCGCCGAAUUCGCUAACCAGCGACCUGGGGCCCUACAAGCGAUGUGCGGUGGUUUCCUCUGCCGGAUCGUUGCGCAACUCCGGCCUUGGUAAAGAGAUAGAUUCACAUGAUGCUGUGCUGCGCUUCAACGCCGCCCCCACCGCUGGCUAUGAGAAGGAUGUCGGUUCGAAAACCACCAUUCGCCUCAUCAACUCCCAAGUGAUGGCAUCUGAUGACCACCACUUCCUGUCCAGUUCGCUGUACAGCUCAGGUGUUUUGGUAGCCUGGGACCCCUUUUCUGCUGAUAUCACACAGUGGUUCAACCGGACCGACUACCCUAUCUUCACCCAGUACCAGAGGUACAGGAGGCUCCACCCCCAGCAGCCCUUCUACAUCCUGCACCCUCGCUUUGAAUGGCAGGUCUGGCAGCGAAUACAAGAAAACAUGGCCGAGCCCAUCCAGAAGAAUCCGCCUUCUUCUGGCCUGCUGGGUACGGUCCUGAUGAUGUCCGUGUGUGAGGUGGUGCACGUGUACGAGUUCCUGCCUUCACGCCGAAAGACGGCACUCUGCCAUUACUACCAGCGUUUCCACGACGCUGCCUGCACGCUCGGCGCUUACCACCCUUUGCUCUACGAGAAGAACCUGGUCAAACGCAUGAACCAGGGGCCCGACAGCGACAUCUACAAAAACGGACGCGUCACGCUUCCCGGGUUCAGCACCCUCAACUGCACUCAGACUUAUUAAACGGAACCUUGCAUGAAGAACAAAGAGGACGCAUGCAUGACACACAGUUCCAAAAUGUACACACUAACACACACUGGAGUCUGAUCAUCCUAACAGAUGUGCCUGCUGACGUGUAUAUCUUAUAACGACGCCGAAAACGUCCAUGAUCAAAUCCUUGCAAUCCUAAAUUAAGGAGACAGUAUUACAGCUUUACACAGAUUCAAGCCUUUUGAGCCAAAAUUAGCAGCCAUCAUCACGGAAUCCAAAGCGUCAACAUACUUGACAGUAGACGUUAGGAGGCUUAUGAAAGUAAAAUAAUAGAACCUUUAAAGUACAACACAAAUGACGCAUAAUAAUAUACAAUAAUAAUACAAUGGGCGGCACGGCGGUUGAGUGGUUAGUGUGCAGACCUCACAGCUAGGAGACUAGGGUUCAAUUGCACCCUCGGGCAUCUCUGUAUGUUUGCCUCGUGCAUGCGUGGGUUUUCUUCGAGUACUCCGGUUUCCUCCCUCAUUCCAAAAACAUGCUAGGUUAAUUAGCGACUCCAAAUUGUCCAUAGGUAUGAAUGUGAGUGUGAAUGGUUGUUUGUCUAUAUGUGCCCUGUGAUUGGCUGGCGACCAGUCCAGGGUGUACCCCGCCUCACGCCCGAAGACAGCUGGGAUAGGCUCCAGCACCCCCCGCGACCCUCGUGAAAAUGAAUGAAUGAAUGAAUGGAUUUUGAGCCGUAUUUUCAAGGACAAAUUGCUUGAACUCCAAGUCGUUGUCUUUUGAGGUUCCACUGUAAAGGUCAGAAGAAGAGCCCCCCUCCCCCCAGAAAUAACAGGCUAGCAUAUACUGUACAUUAUAAGUGUGUGUGUCAUUGUCAUUCCACUGUGAGCCAUGUCAGCACUGCAUUUUCCUGGUUUUACUUUGGAUGUUUUCCAUCUUCCGUCUUGGUUUUUGGUGUGUUUUUAUAUGUUUCACAUGCGCCAAACGUAUUUGUUUUCAUACAUGUUGUAUUAGCUGUUACAGUACUCUAUAUCGGACUGACCUCCAUAACUGUUUUUAUACUGUCAUCCACAAAUCUUAAACGUUAAAAUUAGACAUUAGGAAAGCGAAACACUUCUAUAAUCAGCCUGCAUAUUUAAAUGUCAACUUCCGUGGCGUCCUGAUGACAAAUCAGUGAUGUUGCCGUGGUAACCGUGAUUCCCGCCCCACACACACACACAGCAGCAAUGUUGUAUUUUCUACUGUGUCAUGGUUACUUGGGGUUAAACAGGAAGUUGUAUUGUGCUUGAAGGAUUCAAGGAAGUUUAUUGUCAUACCACAGUAAAAGAUAGAUAUGAUGAUUAGAUUAAAAUAGACAAAAUGUACAUAGAAAAAUAUACCUACACCAAAAUAUUAGAGAUGUCCGAUAAUUAUCGGUACCUAUGAUUAUCGGCAUCAGUUUUUGGCACAAAAAAAAAACAAAUCCCAUCUAAUUUCUGGGGUGUAAACAUUACAAUACAUACAUUCUGGAUAUUUUCUUUUGCAACUUUUUGUCAGCUACUUCAUUUAUCAGUUUUUAGUCUUCCAAUGUCUGCCACUGUUGGUAUGGAGGCCUGCUACGACACGCAGGCACAGAAUGUACAGACCAUGAACUCAACGGCAGCCAUUUUAACCCGAAACACUAGAAGAUUUGUUGCCACCAGCCGAUGUCACCCUGAUAUCUUUGCACUUCAAAUUUGCUAACAAAGCUACUUCUCACUGAACACAAUUGGGUUGACUUCUUGGUGAGGCUUUUAAAAGUGCUUUUCUUUUGAGGGAAUCAGAGCAUAAGCAAUGUUUUUGUUUUCCUAAUCAGCUUGUGUCAGUAGCUGAAUAAUUGAUGUCAGUGCAUUUCUGAGGAAAAACAUUUGAUAUCUAUGCAGUUUCUUGUUGCACCUUGCAUGCUUCAUUUCUGCUGCUGUGAAGCCUCUUAUUUUUUAAUGAAAAUGUGAGUUGCACGCCCUCUAAACAUUUUGCCUUCAUCCUCUUGGUUAAUAAGAGGUGACAAUGUGGUAACAUGUUUUUUUUAUUGUUUAAUUAAUGUAAGAGCUACUUCAAAGAAUGACUUUCACUUCCUUAUAAGGACCCCUACAGAUGUUUAGUACUGUUUUUAGGUUUUGGUGUUUUUAUUAGGGUUUGAAUCCCAAGCAUGUGUUUUAUGUUCAGUCUUUAAAUCAUCCCGUAGGAAACAUUUAAGAAUGAACAUUCUCACUGCCUGCAUAUUAAAGUAGACUCUGGUUCAGGAA